AUGAGAGAAGAUCGCCGAUGGGCAGUUGAGCAUUAUCAAAAAAUAGAAGCGGCGUUGAACAGUCGACGAAAAAUCAUGUACACGGACACGAAGAUGAUGGACGUCUUCACAACGCUGUGUAAAUGCCCUUUUGAAAAGCGCCAUCUGAAGCCGCUGAACUACAGAGAGUACGUUGGGUACACUCGAGCCGAUUUCAUUAUGCUGUAUGAUUAUGCGAUCAAUUUCAUUGAUUUCAACGAGUUGGAAGCUUCACAAAAGAACGUUCUCUACCGCUACGUGUGUGGUGUAGACUCGCUCAUGAAUACUGCCUACUUCACCACAUGUCUUGGUUAUGAGGACAAGAGGGUGAUACUGAGCUCCUGCGAGUACAUUUGUAUCGAUCCUAUGCCAAUGACUGGUGACGAACCAUGGGCUCAGCAUCUGUUCAGCAGCAAGGAGGACCAGAUUAAAUACAAAUCGAUCAUACCAUGGAAGGCUGCUCUCUGGUCCAGUUUGGUAAUCCCGUUCCAUGAUCUCGACAUACAAUUUGAGGAGUUUUGCAUCUUGAAAGCACUCACCUGUUGGCAUAUUAGUGAGCAUAGCUCCCAAAAAUUCAAAUGCAUGGUUCUAUUUCAAAGCCGAAAUAUUUGCUUCAGGUCAUUACAAAUUCAAUGA